CCGCCGCCCGCUCGAUUUCAAAUUUUAUGUCGAGUCUUUUUGACUUUGUGAUAAAUCAACUGGGCUUUCCCGCCCGCAAGUGACAACCGCCAAACUAUAAAUUUAACUAUGUCAUAUACAAUAAAGAAAAUUCAUUUUUAUUCUUCUCUUUAAAAUUUCUCUCCAGUGAUACGGCUUUAAAAUAAACUCGAAAGAAAUUAAAACUUUUGUCUUUCGUUUUUUUUUACAAUUUUUAUAUUUUUCACCCUUCUUAUUUUGUCCUUCUUGAGUGAUUGUCCCGUGUCUCUGAAAAGACAUUUGAACACUUUUUUUUGGAUUCGACUAUCAAAUUCCAUGACUAAAUUCCUCAACGUGGAUUAUAUGCAAGUGGAAAAAGGUUAACUAUAUUUUACCGCCAUUUUCGUGUUGAUUUAAAUUACGAGGAGCGCUUGUUGCAUUGAACAGAAAAUUAGUUUUUACACUGAAAUGAACUUGUGAUGUUUAGUGCAGAGAAUUCUCCUGGAUUUAAAUAAAAGCUGAGGAGAUUAAGAAAUUUUUGUGUCAUUUGUUUUUUUUUUAAUUGGUGACAAGUUUCGUUUUUGUGAUUGUGAAUGAUAAUCAUGAGGGUUUUGAGGUUAAAUCAAUUAUUGGUGACGCUAGAUAAGUGUUUAAUGUGAUUAUUACCACGAUAAAAAUAACCUUUUUGUGAAGUUCAUUUUUUUCAACAAAUAUAAAGAUAGCAGAUUUUAUAAGAAAAUUGCAAGUCACAGUUGGAGAAGACCUGGAGGCCUCAAGGAAAAUCGAGCCCCCCCGCAGGACGCAGAUGCCCCGCAGGAAACAGCACGCUCCGCAACGUAUGAAAUGUAAGUAGUGGUCUCCAAUCGUUCAGAAAAACCAACCAGUGACCCCGCCGGUACCGGACGGGAGAUAUGCGAAGCAAGCAACAGCCGAGGCCUUCCUUCCGGUGGCCGCAGCAGCGCGGCGAUAACAUUACCGGGGAGGACGGCGUCGAAAGUUCGGGUCCCGGAACAGACCUACAAGGCGAGGAAGGUGACUGUGUAGAUGAAGAUGGACCGAUUAGUCCGAACGAAAGGGUUGGCGCACCAGCGGUAAAGGAAGACGAGAAUGGAGAAAUCACUGAUGAGGAAGAUGACGAAGGAACCUGUCCCCCUACUCCACCAUCUUCUAUCACAGCACGAUUGAACCCUGCCGCCGCAAGAGAUACGGGUCCUCCAGAUAGGGAACCAAUGAGUCCACGUUGUCCUUCGAGAGACUCGCGGGAAUCGUCCGGUCCAGCCAUUGGAAGUCCUCCACCACCGGCAAUCCGGAGUAGCGCUAGUCCCGUCAGUCCUAGUAGUAUUGUACCUCUACCUCUUGGGACUCAUCCACUCUUACCUUCUCAUUCCGCGGCAGUGAUGGCAGCUUACCUUCAGCAAACGCAUCAGCGUCUUCUUUUGGGUCAUUCGCCCUUAUCGCGUGGCUCUGUCUCACCUCUUGUCACGUCCUCGUGUUCACCACCUGCUGCGACUCCUGGUCUUUUAAUUUCACCAACUAGCUGUGGAGAAACGUCACCUACAGCCACUCCAUUGCCGGCGGUACUUGACUUUAGUACAAGGAAGGCUUCAUCAACGGAAGACGAAGACGAUACGGUUUUGAAUCUCAGUAAACCUCCCACGCCAUCUUCAUCGACUGAAACAAAUAAUGGACCGCUCGACUUGUCCGUUUCCAAUAGAAAACGACCCGGUCCUGAAGAUUCACCGCCACCUCCACCACGUAAGUCAUCUAGGCACGCGGCAUCGACUCCCACUGGACAUCAGGAUACCACAUCUCCCUAUGGUAGAUCGGUUGUAUCCCCUUGGACGUCACCCGUAGUGGCGUCUCAUUUCCCAUACUUUGCUGCAGCGGUCGCAGCAGCUGCUACUAGUCAACAGCAACUCUCGCCGAAAAGUACAAGCGGAGUAGUGGAUCAUCAUCAACUCUGGAAUGGCAAGAUGAAACCACCGUCAUCGUUGGACAAGUCUUAUCAACCAAGUGAAGCUACAAAAGCCCUCGAGAAGAUGAGUGAAUUAAGCAAGCUCGGUGGAGAGGAUUUGUUUCGUUCGUCUCCUGGUGGAAUUGGUAAUAAUCCAUCCGCCACGUCUGGGAGUCGACAUAGCGCCUGGCAGUCCCACUGGCUCAACAAAGGAGCUGAUCAGGCUAAGGAUGUACUUAAAUGCGUCUGGUGUAAACAAAGUUUCCCCACCCUUGCUGCCAUGACGACACACAUGAAGGAAGCCAAACACUGUGGAGUCAAUAUGCCAGUUCCUCCUCCAUCGGUUGGACAUCAUCAGAACAUUUCCUCCAUAGCGCCACCUCAACAUCAACCACAGACUUCGACUAGCGGCGGAAACAACGGCACUUCAACACCAAGCAAGCAAAGCCCCUCGGAGCUAAAUCUACUGAUUAAAGAAACCAUGCCAUUGCCGAGGAAACUUGUUCGAGGUCAGGAUGUCUGGCUAGGUAAAGGCGCGGAGCAAACGAGGCAGAUAUUAAAGUGCAUGUGGUGUGGUCAAAGCUUUAGAUCUUUAGCUGAAAUGACUUCGCACAUGCAACAGACACAACAUUACACAAAUAUCAUCUCCCAGGAACAAAUAAUAUCUUGGAAAUCAUCAGAUGAUAGUAAAGGUGGAGGAAGUACUGGAGGUGGUGUGAGCGGUGGAGGUAGUGGACCCGGAGUUCCUCCAGGAAGUGGAAGUGGUCCGCAUGGAGGUGGUCCAGGAGCGGGCGCGACGAGUAGUCACGUUAGUGCUGUUUUGACUUGCAAGGUUUGUGAUCAGGCAUUUAGUUCGUUAAAGGAAUUGAGUAAUCAUAUGGUGAAGAAUUCGCAUUACAAAGAGCAUAUAAUGCGCUCGAUUACGGAGAGUGGAGGACGCCGAAGACAGACUCGGGAGAAACGAAAAAAAUCCCUUCCUGUGCGAAAAUUACUGGAACUUGAGCGUGCUCAAAACGAGUUCAAAAAUGGUGAUACUGGAGCAGGUAUUGGACACAGUUUGAGUAAACACGCCGGUAGGAUCACGUGCGAGAAGUGCGGUGAGAAGAUUGAAACAACUAUUUUUGUGGAGCACAUUCGACAGUGCAUUGGUGCUGGAACAGUGGGUGUGAAUCAACGGAACUUUCUGAAGAAUGCAUUGAUGUCAAAUCACAUGUCAACGGCUUUACCAGUCGGUGAAUCUGGUAGAAAAAGCGUUAGUGAGGACACAUCACCAGUUUCGUCGAGGCAUCAUCGAUCACCCUCCUCAGCUAGUGAUGCAACAACUCCGGGAAAGGACACUCCUACACCAAAUACCAUUGAACCUACGGGGACUUCAUCUCCUUCGGUUUUGAAUGCAAUUGAAAAACUUAUCGAGAAAAGCUUUGACUCGAGAGUUCGACACGGGGCGUCGGGUCUUCAUCAUGCACAACCGAGUGCGCCGAUGGGUUCUAGUAUUUUGAAACGCUUAGGAAUCGAUGAGAGUGUUGACUACACCAAGCCCCUCGUGGAUCCUCAAACAAUGAAUCUCCUGCGUUCGUAUCAGCAGCAUCAUUACAGUACUGGAUCAGGUGCAUCCAGACGGGAAAGAAGUGGCAGUGAAUCGAGUUCAGUCUCCGAACGAGGGAGUGGUAGGACGGACGCCAUGACACCUGAGAGACGUCUGGAGGUAUCUUCCGGACACGAAAGGCUUUCGGUUUCGUCUUCUCUUCAGCGAUCGACACCUGAGAAACAAACACCUCUACCGAACCGUCAUCCACCAGAAGAAUCCGGCGAUGAGGAGACUGUUGUUGUGAAAAAAGAACCUAAGGAAGAGGAGACGGAAAUCCCUGUGCCAGUCGGGGAGGAACAGACCCAGCAGGAUUCCAGGGAAGUUGUGGUGAAGAAAGAAGUAGUAGAGUCGAGGGAGGAGGAAGAGCAAACAAAUUUUAAUCACAAGAGAAUCAGCCAACAGGAAUCGACGGACGAGAAUCGUGAGGUUCUUUCUCCUCCGAUGAAUCCCCCGACGCCAAGAUCCACUGUCGAGCCUCCAACUCGAAGUCCCUGCAGAAACAGCACUAGCAGUCCAGCGAGUAGCGAUAGAUCAGUGACACCUCGAGGAACUCCUGAUACCAAAGCCUCCAGCAGCCUCGGAGCAUUAUCGUCAAUGUUCGACAGUCUUUCGGGUGUUGGCGGAGGAACAAGCACCAGCAACGCAGAUUCCCAAGGCCGUAAAGCCAGUAGUCAUCCCUUGGCUGCUCUGCAGAAGCUCUGCGACAAAACGGAGACUCGUGGCUCUACUACCGUCAGCAACAGAUCAGGUUCAGGCUCUUCGGGCUCAUCCCAUGGUACCGGAAGUGGAAACGGUACAAGCACAACUGCUCCGGGUCCUGGUCCUACGCCGGGGGCAAUUCUCGCGUUCAGUUGGGCCUGCAAUGACGCCGUGGUCACAGCGGACUCAAUAAUGAAGUGUGCAUUCUGCGAUACUCCUUUCAUUUCCAAGGGUGCUUACAGGCAUCAUUUGUCAAAAAUGCAUUUCGUAAAGGAUGGUGUCAUUCCGGAUCCGUUGACUAUUGGCAGAUCUUCAGCAACGACUACAGCUGUUUCUCAAGCAAGUUCCAGUGUUCCCAGUUCAUCUUCUUUAACUUCAAUGCACCGAAACAAGUCACCACCAAUUCCACCUCAGGCAAACGGAAGUCCGUCACAAUCUGCAGCUACUUCACUCGAAGAGAGUCCUCAUUCAAAGUUUCUCAAGUAUACGGAACUGGCCAAGCAAUUGUCCAGCAAAUACGUAUAGUCCGAGCCCCGUAAGUAGCGGUGCCAUUUGUACAUAAGUGUAUCUAUAUUGUAAUGAGUUCAGAGAAGUCAGGUUAGAUUAGUAUAAGUCCGUCGUGCCGACGACGAUACGGUUUCGUUGUUUUAUUCCGGUCUUAAUAUAGUACUCUUUCACUGGGAGAGACGUUUUGCACCAAAUAUUUAUACUUUCAAGCAUAGGAAUUGAAUUGUUUGAUCAGUUUUAAAGUCGUUUUAGAGGCUGUUUUUAUCGCAGAGGAUAAAGUAGGAAAUGAUAGGUUAAAUUCGCUUCUGUGUAGAACAUACGAUCAAUCGCAUUUAGAUUCUGCGCAGACGCGAAUUUAACCUACUACUUUAAGCUUAAUUUAUCUAUUCCUUUACUCUUUGCGGUGAAAACAUUCUCUAACUUUUCGGAGCAGACUCAAUUUUUAACCAAUUAAAUUAAUUUUUAUUUUUAAAUAAUUUAAACGCCGUUUUCACAGUGUGGGUUAAAUUUAAUCCUCCGAGAGGUUAAAGGCAGUGAUAUAUUCUGCGUCUGCGCAAAAGCAAACAUUCUGCGCAGACGCAGGAUUUAUCACUGCCUUCAACCUCUUGAAGGAUUAAAUCUAACCCAAGCGGUAAAAACAACGUCUAAGUAAAUUUUUUUUAUUCGGUUUUUUGAGUCGUUAAUUAUACCUCUUAACUACUUAGAGAUUAAUUCCCGGUAACUAAAUUCUAAUUCUUUUCAUUUUAACAAAACUGUUUAUUUCAGAUAUUUAAACUAAUUUCUGUAGAUAGAAAAAAUUUAAGAUAAGUUACUAAAAUAAAGUUUUAAUAUUUGUUUAUCAUGUAUUUGAAUCAAUCUUCUAAUUAGUAGAAUUUUUAUAUUAAUGCUAUUUGUAAAAUUCGAUCUAAAACAAAUUAUUUAUUUUUUUAUUAUAAUUAUCAUGACUCAAAAUUAUUUUAAUUAAAGUCAAUAUAUGUACAAAAAAAAUUAUAUAUAUCUAUUUACGAAAUUCUAAUGAAUAAAAAGUUGAAAAUUCCUGAAAUUGACGAUUUACAUCAUUCGUAAUACUAUUUGUAAAUAAUAAUCCUAGAGUUAUGUAGGAGUAAAUUUGUCUUUCAAUUAAAAUUUUCACAAACUUUAAAUAUGUUAACCAUGUCGAAAGCAUAAUAAUGUAUAAAAACGCAACCAGUGAGUUUUAACCAAAAAAAAAAAAAAAAAUGAAAACGAAAAUUUAAAUUUUCCAGUGAAAAAGUAACUAUUGGUUGGAAGGCUGAUUGUUUUUAGUCGAUAAUCUAAAAACAGUUUAAUUUUUAAAAAAGUACGCAAAAAACCUUCCAAUCAAGACCGUGUGACGCUUAUCGCGUCUUCUCGUUCCUGAUUAGUAAAUAAGACCAUCGUCAGUCAAAUGGUGUUUUAUUACUUCCUUUCUGCUUCUAGUCUUUUAAUAACCAGAUUGACUAAAAAAAUUUAACGAGAUUAACACAACGUUAUCAAGAUAAUUAUCAAUGACUGUUUUAAAAAAAACUAUAUAAGAAUUUAAUUGAUUCUGAAUCCAUCGAAAUGUUUUUAUUUAAUUCGAAAAAAAAGUUGAGUUUAAAAUAUUUUUAUUCGUCUAAAUUAUAAAAAAAUUUUUUUUUGAUUUUUUAUAGUGUUUACAGAUUUUUUUUUAUAUGAAUUUCAAUUUUUACAAAUAAUUUUAUUUAUUUAGUUUGAAAAUAAUAUCGCGUAGUUUUCAUGUAAUAUUUGUCUUAUUAGUAAAAAAAUUUGAACAUUUUAGUGGAGAGUCGGAUAUGAAUCUAGAAUAGUUAUUCUGGUCACACACACAUUGUACAAAGUAAUUAAAGUAAAAUUUUCAAAAUUUAACACUUAACAUCAUUGGUUAAUUUUCUUAAAUUCAAAAUGGCGGAUCCAAUAUGGCGUCCAUUUGUAAAAAUUGUUUAAAAUGCUUUAAAAUUUGUUAAUUAGGGAGUUUUCGGGCUCGUUGAUUACGAAUCUGAUGUCAAUUUUUCAAAAUUCAAUAUGGUGGAUUCGAUCUAGGCAAAAAAAAAAAAAUUUGUACCUAAUUGAUUUAAUUAGCUUGAAACUGAUUACUCGGGAUUUUUCGGUGUCAAUGUUUAGAAAUUUAAUAUCAGAUUUGUAAUCAGCGACCUCGAAAACUCCCGAGAAACAAGUUUCAAAUGAAGCCAAAAAAUUUUUAAAUUUUUUCCACCGCCAUAUUGGAUCCGCCAUUUUGUAUUUUGAAAAACUGACAUCGAAUUCGUAAUCAACAUCUCUGAAAACUAUAAAAACAACUGCGGCUUCUUUUUCUUUAAAUUUAAAGUUUAAUUAAAAAUUAAAUUAAAUUUAGUUUAAUUAUUUUGAAUUAAUGAAAAAUUCACAAAUUUUAAUUCAGUAAAUUUUCAUGAUUUCAAUCAGUAAUUAUUACUGUAAAGUUAGUGAAUAUAAAUUCUCAGUGACAAAUACUGAUUAAAACCAUGAAAAAUGGGUGAAUUAAUUAAUAAUUAUUAAUUAUAUUAAUUAAUAAUUAACUUUUCAAUGAAUCAGAUGUUGAGAGCAAUUAAGCAAAUUUCGAUAAGUAAAGAUAAAAAGUACAAUUAUGAGUGGCCUUUUUUAAACAAAAGUUUGGACCUUUUAAAAAUUUAUCUACCGUGUAAGUUAAUGUGCAAAUAAGAUAACAAAUCAAAAUGUUUUACUUGAUAGAUAAAUUUUUUGAUAGAUUGAACAAAAUAGCAUAAUUUCCUAACUUUUGCAACAAAAAAACCAUGUACUAAAUUAUCAGAAUUUAACAUUAUUCUGCCAAAAAUUAAAUUAAAUUAAUUAAAUUAAAGGAUUUAAUCCUGCAUAAGGUCUUUAUUCUCCACUUGAUGUGUUUCAAAAGUAACAUUAUUAAUAAGUUACAUUCGUAUUAUAUGAAAAAUUCACUAAUAUUUUUAAAUUAAAAAUGUUUUUUUUAAAUUAUAAAGUUUUUAAAUUGUAAAUUAAAUUUAUUAUAUGUUUUCUGAUUUUAAAUUCAAUAAUUGAUUUUCUAAAAUAUAUAUAUGAUGGAUCCGCAACGCUUUGAAAAUUGAAUUUUUCUAAUAUCAAUAUAUAUCGGUCUGUGAAAAUUUCAAUUUUAAAAACGUUCUACGUAGAUUUUAGGGGUGCAAUUAUGACGAUGAUAGUGACGAUAUGCGACUAGUUGGGGGACGAGAUUAAAUUAAUUGUGAUGCCACCAUAUCUCGCGGCACUGCUGAGUCAUGGGGCUCGGCGCGCGGCCAAGUAUGUGAUUUUAUAAUAAAUACUUAAGAAGUUUUAUGUUAUACAGACGAGAUGGUGAGAGGAAUAGAAAACGAAAGCAUAAAAGUUUAUAGGCGCCAAUUUUAUUCCAAAACUUUUUCCAAAAAAAAAAAACUUUCUCAAAUCUUUAACCUUUUUUUCUUUAUAAUAUAUAUAAAUAUAUAUUCAUGUUUCUCAAGAAAAUGUUUUUUGUAGAUCAAAAUUUCAAACUUGAAAUUUCACGUUCAAUUGAACAAUUUUUAAAUAAAUUUCAGGUUUGAAUUUCUUGAUCUAUAAUUUUUCGGCGCCUAUGUACAGGAAGUAGUGAACCUAAAAGUUUUUUUGGGAUAAAAAAAAGGCUUACCUAUCACCUGUCAUAAGGUCGAUCGUCAGCAUGUAUACCUGUAGAAUAAGUUGUAGGUCAUUAGCAUAGACUAGAUUAGGCUCCUUGCCCAUGUAUAGGAAUCUUUUUGUUGAUACUUAUUGCCACGGGACUGGUCAUCAGUGGAGAUAUAAAUCUAGAUCGAAUAUAAGGAAUUUGCAACAGCGAUUUGAGGCUAUAAAAAAUUACCAUUUUGUAAAACAUUUUACAAAUAUAUUUUCAUUAUAUUAAUUUUUUUUCAUUUCAUUCAUUUUCAUUUCAAUUUCUUAUCAUUUACUUCAUUAAGAAAAGAAACAAAAAGAAGUAUAAAAAUAUUAAGUUUAUUUUUUAUAAUAUCGCAUUAAUAACACUCAGCUUGGUCGUUGGCGCCAGUGUUGGGAUCUCGAAUUAUAUUGUAUUGCGCAAACGCGAGCGCAUGUGCUGUCAUUUAUUGAACGCGCAAGCGCAUUUGAGAUGUCGGUAAUGCAAAUUCCUGCAAAUUGAAUUAGUUUUAUAAUUCCACUGUCUCCCGGGUGAUGUUCAGCCGGUGAGCGAGAAGCGGUAAAUAAAGCGCACGUCGCAGUGCAAUAUCGAAUUUCAUUAUACUAUAUUAUAUUGCGAUUAUAGGAACAAGCGCUCCUCAAUUUUGGAGCGAGCCUUUUUAACAGGCGCAGUGUCGUGUAAUGACCAUUGUACAUUUUUUUCUCCUUGUUUUUUUUUUAAAAUGAUAUUUAUUAUCGCGCCAAAAUGAGCCACGCGUGUCAUUAACGUGUAUAAAAAAAAUGUCAUUUAUUAUCAUUCGAAUUAUUGCGAUAUUCUGUAUAUUAUAUAAUUAAUUAAUUAUACAAAACAUUGACGAGAAGAUACGGUGAUAUCGGAAUGACUGAAAAAUUUUGAAUGAAUCAAGUAAAACUUUAAGAAAGUAGAAGAUUUAAAAAAGCCAAAAUAUAAAUUGACACAAGAAAUUUUCCAAAAAAAACCUGCAAUUUCGAAACUCUGCUAAUUGUGGAUUUUUUUUUGAGGAUUAAGCAAAUAUUGUGCGGGAAAAUUUCUUGUGCUAUUUUGGAAUGAAAUAAAGAAUAAAUGAAAUUAAUGAUAUAAAAGAAACAAAGACUAAAAAGAGAGAAAGAAAUUGUGGUUGAAAGAAAAUAAUAGAGAAAAUGUAUGCGAGUGAGAGAAAUUAUGAAUGAAUGAAGUAAAGAAAGUGUAAAGUAGCGUGUGGCUCUUGAUUAAUGAAAAAAAAAAAGUGAGAGAAGGGUGAAGUGACAAACACUUGUAUACGUAUUUCUUGUAAACUCUACUUCUUCCAUCGCGGACUUUUAAAGUAUUUAUCAACAUAAUAAUAUUAAUAUUGUAAUUACAUACGACUGCUGAGAGUGUGAUGAACGAAAAAAAAGUAAUGGAGAUAGAAUUAGAUGGAAAAAUAAAUAAUGCGCGUCAAUGUACGCGCACUAAAAACUCAUAUACGAGAAAAGGUAACGCAUUCACACGAAACACGCGAACGUACCUACACAUGGAUUUACAAAGAUAUGCAUCAUGUAUACGCGACUCUUGAAAAACAUUUUACCAGAUUUGUCAUUAUUUAAUUAUUUCGGUUGUAUUUUAAAAUGCAAUUAAAGCUCAAAUAAAUAUAUAUGUUAUAAACUAA